AUGUCGACCUUGCCUUCUGCUUUCCUCCGGCAGGAUGGUGCUCCCUUGGUUUUAUCAUGGGCCGUUCGAAGUACUUCAGAGAAUCCCCCUCAAAUGUUGCUCUUGGCUUAUGUCUACAACCAGUGGAGUGCCGAGGUCCCCUUCAUGCGUGGAGGGCUGGAUGGUUUGAUCGAUGCUCUGAGUCGCAAGCAGCAGGCUUUGGAGGGCGAAGGAUUUCAGAUGAUGACUUGCACUAUCACAAAAACACCCUCUCCCAAUCACCCAAACGUUACCCCCAGUUACAAGGUUCACUUCAAUCCCAACAUGAACACGUUCUUGGAUGCUAUUGUCAUUCAGUAA